AUGCGAAGCGCGACGACGGGGACGUUCACAUCGAUCCCUCACGCGCGUUCGGCCCCGUUGACGUCGACGCGAACGACGCGACGGAGGAGAGCGCAGAGAAGGGGCGCGGUUCGGGUCGCUUCGAAAGGAACCGACGCGUCGACCAGGACAGAUGGAAGAGAACCGAGCGAGACGCCGGAUCCGGAAGCUCUAAAAGCGUCGCUCGAAAGGCUGAGGGAGCGCAUGCGACAGGUCAACAGAGAAAAAGUCGCGUCCAAGGCUGAGUCAAGCGUCGCGGCGGUCGCAUCAGCCGUCUCGGAAGCGUCCGUGACUGAACCUGUUGAAGAGUCUGCCAAAAAGGCGAUUGAUGCGUCGAGAAACCCGAUGGAGCUCACAAAACGUGUGGUAGAUUGGUUUGGAGAAGUCGGUCGCAACGUAAUCAAGGACGACACCGGGGAGGAGACGGACACGAACGAGUUGAAAACAUCUACACCGACGAUGAGCGUUGACGAUGAGGAGUUGACAACGAAACCUCAAUCGCAAGGCGGAUGGUUUAGAUGGACGAACGGAUGGCGUGUGAGUGAGUCGAUCGCAUCUGCAACAUCUUCGUGGAUGCCGGUCAAGAGCGACGAGGACGUCGGUGCCCAGAUGGUCGAGGACGCUGAGCGAGCCGCGGUGGAACCUUCGCCAAAGGACACAGAGUCUGAUAGUUCGGACAAUUUUCUACAGCGCGUACCGUUGCCGCCUUGGAUUCGACAGCGCGUCUUUGGAACGAAAGAGACUCCUUCAUCAGCCAGGGACGAGAUGAAUUUCGAGACGUCCUUGUCCACCACAGAUGUGAACAACGCGAUAAGCGGCGCAAACGAGACCGCGGCCAACGUCACGUCGGCUGCACUUGACAAACUCAAUUCGGUUCUUAUUGGUAUCGAAGAGGCGGAGAUGCGCGUUGAGAAGGAUGUUCGCCUUGUUAGAGAUCAAUCCGCGGUCAAGGCGUUGCGCGAUUCACUGCGUGACGCUCGUUCCUCGGCGAACGAAGCUCGCAGCGCAGCGGAAGGGCUUGAAGCGGCAGUUCGAGAAGUGAAUAGAGCUCAAGCCGCUAUUCGUUCAGAAGCUGGAGCGAAGGGUGAAGAAGCGCUCAAGGCGUUGGAAGUCGCCAAGUCCGCGGUGAUUCAACAGGCUAAGAGCUCGAAUAACGCCGUCGCGGACGCGCUCAGGCAAGUGUCGUACGUAGCGACUCGCGUCGAGAAGCUCGGAUCGCUCGGUGAUGAGAGUAUGGGCGAGACACUUUCCCCCGACGUCAGUCGACCAGAGAGCGCUCGUCGCGGACUCCUCGGGGCUAUUGCGAACGCGCGUGAGAGCGCACAAGAUGCACUAGUUGCCUCAGAGUUGACGCAGACGAUUUCGCGGCUUACCUCAUUUGGACUUGACAAAUCGAAACGAGCAGAUUUCGAAGGCCUGAGCACGAUGGUGAGGCCGGCGCUUCAAAAAGUCGUUGCAAACGCGCUUCGACCGGUCGGGGACGAUGAAAUCGGUGAUGCCCGCCUCGCGUGCGCGCUCUCGGCGUGGAUAUACUACCUUCCGCAGAUGCAACACGCGCUUCCACGGAACCGCUUACGACUGAUCACGUCAUCUUUGGAUGAGAACAGAGUGAUACCGUCAUCGGAAUUUCGAGCAGGCAAGGUUCUCAUUGAAGAAGCGGCGACAAAAGCCGAGCGGGCUCUCGAGGAAGCUAUGAUGGCGAACCGAGUCAGCGCUGUCAAGGACGCCAAGCGCGAAGUUGCCGCGAUGAACGCCGCGGCGGAAGCGGCGGCGCUCGCAGCGGAAGCUCUGGAGCUCGCAGCAGAACUUCGUGAGAGCGCCGAGGAGGAAGGCUCAUUGGCGAAGGCAGUGGACAUGGCGGAAAACGCGAAGAAACUCUCUAUGGAAGCGCAAAAGAGAAUGGAAGAAGCGUCCAAAAUCGCCGAGGAGAAUAAGCAAAGACUAAAAAAAUGGGAAAUGCAGCGUGAACUCGCAGUGCUCGAAAGUGAAAUGAGGAAGACGGUGCUUGAGCAGCACAAGCAGAGGGAAGCGGAACGCAUACAACAGGACAGGAUGGAAAACGCGACACUCCCGGUUAAUUUCUGCGUUGCUGCGCAAGAUGACACCGCGACGCUUUGGGUUGUCGUCGAGGGCUCGACCAACAUUGCGAGCUGGCAAACGAAUUUCACGUUUCAGUCGGUAACAUUUGAGGAUGAUUUUGACGUCAAGGUACACCGAGGAGCGUACGCAGCGGCGCAGACGAUGUAUAGACGCGUUGAGGAAGCAGUAAAGGCGCACGUUACCAAACACGGAGCUCGAGCGCGCGUGCGAAUCACCGGCCACUCAAUCGGCGGAUCGAUCGCGACUCUCUUGGCGUUGAUGCUCCUGAUGCGAAACGGCGCACCGCGGUAUGCGUUAGCCGACGUGUGGUUGUUUGGAGCGCCAUAUUGUAUGCUUGGUGGCGACGCACUCCUCGCGCGCCUCGGUCUUCCGCGUACGUUCAUUCGAUCGGUGAUGAUGGGUGACGACGUCGUCCCUCGAUCCUUCUCUUGCUAUUAUCCAAAAUGGGCACAAAAUAUCCUCGACAGUGGACCGUUUAACGUGGACACGUCGAGCGCGAACUGGUUAGAGGAAGAUAUGUUUUACACUCCUAUGGGGACGUUGUUCAUGCUCCAAGCGGCGAACGCGAACGCGAAGAACAGCGAGCACCCGCUCUUGCCUUCCGGCCCGGGCUUGUACUGCCUCGACGGCGACGGGUUGUUUGAAACACUCAGCACGCGCGCACGCUUGACCGAUGACGACGAUGGCGAAGAGUCUUGGCUCAACCGGCGACCGAUGCGCGUCAUGGAAGAUUCAGAGGAGAACGAGGAGCCGCAACGGGUCGAGAACCUUCGGUUGCACCAAAUAGCAUGUUUGACUCAAAGCGAUGCCGCACUGACUGCUUCUCUUAUUCUGAACACGCUUCGAGAGGACCAGGACGCUUUACUCGACGCCGACGGCGGCGUCGCAGCUAUGCUCUCUGCUCGCGGUAGGGAAGCGGCGCAACGAGUAUUGCUAAACACACCGCACCCACUCACAAUUUUGUCAAAGCCCGGAGCGUAUGGCGACCGAGGUAUCAUUUCUCGAAUGCAUAAUCCGUUCAACUACGCGAAGGCUCUGAGCGUGGCGAGAAAGGCGAAACCAAGACGUGGUGAAUUAAUAGCGGCGCAACGUAGAACGUCCAUUGACGGCGCGCCAGCGAGCGGGAACGAUGGUCCUUGA